AUGGCGACCAUCGGCGUCGUCGUCCUCCUGCUCCUCCUACUCGCCCCGACACCGUAUCUGGCGGCCGCCGAUUUCUGCGACAACGUCAAGGCCGCCGGCGCCGCGCUCUCCCGAAACGCCUCCUCUUCCCCGGUACAGUUUGCCACGGCCACCAUCGGCCAGGCCCCCGACGUGGUCUACGCGCUGGCGCUCUGCCUCGGCAACGUCCUCGACAGCUCCGCCUGCGGCGCCUGCAUCGCCGACUGGUUCGCCACCGUAAACCAGACGCAGUGCGACAAGGUGGGCUUCAGCUACCGCGACUGCAUCGUCGUGUACGGCGCCGGCGCCGACAUCCUGGCGGCGCCCUCGAACGCCACGGGGGGAUCCGGCGACAACACGCCGCCCUUCCAGGAUUGGAACAUCAGGAACGUCACCGCGGACGACGCCCCCCGCAUCGUCAACCUCACCUUCGAGCUGCUGGCGAAGACCGCGGUGAUGGCGGCCACCACGACGCCCAAGUUGUACGCCACCGGUAUCAUGGACAUGAAAAGAGUGACAACCGACGUGUACUCCCAGGUGCAGUGCACGCCGGACCUGUCCGCCGACGACUGCUCGGCGUGCCUGCGCCGCCUCCUCGGCAUGGUCAACUCCACCAUGGCCCUGCGCAUGGGUGGGCGGAUGGGUGUCACGCGGUGCUUUUUCAGGUACGAGGCGUUUCCUUUGUACGGCGCCCGGCCCAUGCUAAGCCUGCCGUUGUCGCCGCCCGGGCCGGCUCCGACGACUCCGACCAAACGCAGGAGCAUGCUGUGGGUGAUUCCCGUAGCUGUAGUUCCUCUAACGGCAGCAGCGUUUUUCUUCUUCAUCUGUUACCGUCGACGGCUAAAAAGGCAAAGAAAAGGAUCAAGACGUGCUCACAGUUUGGAGUGGCAAGGAAAAAAUUCGGAUUUCUCUUUGUUUGAGUUUGAACAUCUACUAGAGGCCACAAGAAAUUUUUCGGAAGAAAGCAAACUUGGGCAAGGUGGCUUCGGCGCUGUCUACAAGGGCCAGCUUCCAGAUGGGUCGGAGAUAGCGGUUAAGAGACUUGCUUCACAUUCAGGACAGGGUUUCAUGGAGUUUAAAAAUGAGGUCCAGCUCAUAGCCAAACUCCAACACACGAAUUUGGUUAGACUCUUGGGGUGUUGCUCUCAAGAAGAGGAGAAAAUACUGGUCUAUGAAUACUUGCCAAACAAAAGCUUGGAUUUCUUCAUCUUUGAUGAGAAUAAAAGAGCUUUGCUGGACUGGACAAAACUUGCAGCAAUAAUUGAAGGGGUAGCAAAUGGACUUCUCUACUUACAUAAGCAUUCUCGAUUGCUUGUCAUACAUCGAGAUCUUAAACCAAGCAACAUUCUCUUGGACAGUGAAAUGAACCCAAAAAUUUCAGAUUUCGGGCUAGCAAAAAUAUUCAGCUCAAAUGACACCGAAGGAGACAUUACAAGAAGAGUGGUUGGCACAUAUGGCUACAUGGCCCCUGAGUAUGCUUUGAAAGGAAACUUCUCUAUUAAAUCCGACGUCUUCAGCUUUGGUGUUGUCAUUCUUGAGAUCCUAAGCGGGAAACGGAAUUCUGGUACCCAACAAUGUGGAGGUUUCAUCAAUCUGCUUGGAUAUGCAUGGCAAUUAUGGGAAGAGGGAAAGUGGAUUGACCUUGUUGAUGUAUCAUUGGUUUCUGAUAGUCACUCAACAAAGAUAAUGAGGUGCAUUAACAUAGCAUUGUUGUGCGUACAAGAGAAUGCAGUUGAUCGACCAACCAUGGGAGAUAUUGUGUCAAUGCUAAGAAAUGAGACUAUGAUCUUGACUGAGCCUAAGCAGCCAGCAUAUAUCAAUGUAAGAGUAGGAAAUGAAGAGACGUCCAUUGCUCCUGAGUCAUAUAGUAUCAAUGAUGUGAGCAUAUCAAUCACAAGUCCUAGUGAACGCCGAGAAGACCUGACCUUCACUUUCUCUGCAUUUUGCCAUGUUAAAGCAACGAGAAACAGAGGGGCAAUUAGGACAAGCACAUACGGUCAGCAUGGCGGGCGUGCUGCUGCUCGUGCUGCUCGUUCUCAUGCCAGCGUCGGCCACGGCGAUCGGCUCAACGCCACCCUCCCCGGCAACGCCUCCUCCUCCCCGCAGCUCUUCCUCACCGCCACCGCCAACGCAAACACAAAUAACGGGACCGCCGGCAUGGUGCGCGGGCUCGCGCUCUGCCGCCAUGACACCACAAACCUCACCGCGUGCAGGGAGUGCGUCGCCUCCUCGUUCGCGUACGCGCACAAGAUGUGCCCCAACCACACGGCCGCCACCGUCUACUACGACUACGACGAGACCAACGCCUUAAAACCAGGGUGCCUCCUCGGCUUCUCCGGCGACCGCAACUUCCUCAACCCGGCGUCCGGCACCACCGGUAACGGCACCUUCUUCCAGUAUUUCAACGCGGUAAACAUCGCCGGCAACGCCGGCAUCGUCGCUGCGGCCGUCCGCCAGCUCCUCUCCCAGACGGCCCGGGACGCGGCCGCCGCGGCCAGGAGGUUCGCGACAGGGUUCAUGGACGGCGGCACCACGACAACACUCUACGCCCUGGCGCAGUGCACGCCGGACCUGUCCGCCGGGGACUGCCGGGCGUGCCUCCAGCGGCUCGUGGGCUCGAUCAACGCCACCAACUCCGUGCGCCUCGGUGGACGGAUCUUCCGGCUCCGCUGCAACGUCAGGUUCGAGGCCUUCAUGUUCUUCGAGGACAAGAACAUGCGGCGGAUUCCAUCUCCGUCAUCCAUGGCUCCGGCGCCGGCGCCAGCGUCGGCAAGCAAGAGACAUGGAGUCAAACCUUGGGUAAUUGCUUUAUCGGUGGCUGCUUCUGUGGCACUAGUUGCACUCUGUUUCAUCGUCUACUGUCUUCGGCGGCUUAGAAAAAAGAACACAAAAGGUACACAGGGAAAACGUACUCAUGAGUUUCAAGAAGGAGAUGAACAAGUUUGGGAAAUGGAAACAGAGUUGGCCGACUUUUCAGUAUUUGACUUUAAUCAGAUAUUGGAGGCUACCGAUAACUUUUCCGAGGAAAACAAACUUGGCGAAGGUGGAUUUGGCCCUGUUUAUAAGGGUUGCUUUCCUGAUGGAGUGGAGAUAGCAGUUAAGAGACUUGAUUCGGAUUCAGGACAGGGUUUCAUAGAGUUCAAAAAUGAAGUUGAGCUCAUAGCCAAACUGCAACACAGGAAUUUGGUUAGGCUCAUGGGAUGCUGCUCUCAAGGAGAGGAGAAAAUACUGGUCUAUGAAUACUUGCCAAACAAAAGCUUGGACUUCUUUAUCUUUGAUGAAGAUAGAAAAGCUCUAUUGGACUGGGACAAACGUAUUGCAAUAAUUAUAGGAACAGCAAAAGGAUUACUUUACCUACAUAAGCACUCUAGGUUGCGUGUUAUACAUCGUGAUCUUAAACCAAGCAACAUUCUUUUGGAUAGCGAAAUGAAUGCUAAAAUAUCAGAUUUUGGAUUAGCAAAAAUAUUCAGCUCAAAUAACACUGACACAGAUACUACAAGAAAAGUGGUUGGUACAUAUGGCUACAUGGCACCUGAGUAUGCAUCCCACGACAUUUUCUCUAUCAAAUCGGAUGUAUUCAGCUUUGGUGUUUUAACUCUUGAGAUCGUUAGCGGGAAGAGGAAUUCCCAUGAAUGUGGAGCUUUCAUCAACCUCCUAGGACAUGCUUGGCAAUUAUUUGAAGAGGAAAGCUGGAGCGAACUCAUUGAUGCAGCAUUGGUUCCCAACAUUUAUUCAACAGAAAUGAUGAGGUGCAUUAACAUUGCACUGUUGUGUGUACAAGAGAAUGCAGUUGAUCGACCAACCAUGUUGGAUGUAAUUGCAAUGCUAAGCAACAAGACCAUGAUCUUACAAAAGCCUAAGCACCCAGCAUAUUUCAGCUUAAGCACUGCAGGGAACAAAGAAGCACCCACUACUACUCAGUCUUGUAGUGUUAAUGAUGUGACUAUAUCUACGGUGACACCUAGAUAG